AUGUCAUGGGUCAGCUGUUAUGUGUCAAUACAUCUAUAAGUUCGUUAUUUUCAAUUAUUGCAAUUUUUACAGAAAAAUUCAAAUCAUUCAAAUUUGUGCAACUAAUUCUUCUUUUAUUAAUAAAUUAAAGGAUGUCGGUGAAGAGAAAAAACGAUCCGCCCGGCUUUAAAUUGGAUCCAACUACUGGGAAGUAUGUCUUGGCCCCUUUAGAUUUACGAGCCCUACUUGGAGAUGAUUAUGAACCCAACUGUAACCAACCGCAACAAUACAUUUCACCUUGGAGCAAUGGGAAAAAAUUCGGGGCCAAAAACAAUAAUUUGGAAAAUCAGCAUCCGCACAAAUAUAAAAAGCUCGAACAUGGUGUCAGAAAGGAACUAUUUAAGCAGCCUCCCUCUGAAAAUGAAAAAAGAGAUAUUAGGGCUUCUUUUGGGGCCAGACGGUCAAGUAUAUCAAGAAACUUGGCUGGGUCUAGUAAACCCAGUUUUAUUUCAAAGAAAACGACUCAACCGAAAAAAGGUUUGCCAACAAUAACAGAAGUGGGAUCAAUGUUGAGUUUGCCAAGUAGAGAAAAUGGAAAAAAAGCCGGAUUGUCUCCUAAAUUGCCAGAGCCAAGUACCCCCAAAGACUUGGGUAUAAAAGAACGUGACAUUGAAAAUGUCACGAAAACACCUGGAGUUAUUGAGUUUCUUAAGAUUGAGGAGCUGCUUAAAACCCCUAAACUUACAGUCGAGAGCCCGGUUUCAACUGUUUGUAAUUUAUUCGAGAAUAAAAUGCUUAUCGAUGGGGAAAAAGAAGAAUCCGACAUCAAUUUUGAAUCAAGCAUGGAUAUUUUUGCAGAAAUUAAGAGGGUGGCUAGAAGGGAUCAGGAACUUUGUGAGGAUACAAUGAAGAAAAUUAAAGAGGUUCAGGAACAGCAGCUAAAACACCAAGAAAACUUCAAAACCAUUCUGUCCUUAAUAGAUAAACUUCAAAAUCAGCAAAAUAUUCCCGCAAAAAAAUCCGAAAAUAAUAAAGAAACCUCUUCAAUUAAAAGACGAUCUUUACGACUAAGAAAUAAAAGUCCAAAAGUGAAAAGUCCGCAACCUCCUACGAAGUCUGACUCGAUAACUGGCUCGCCAGUCAUUUUAAAACCAGGAGAUUUAAGAAAAAGCGCCUUGACAAAAAGUUUGGUCAAAAAUUGCGAAAAGUAUCAAAUUAACAGCCCUAGAAUGCAGAAAGCAGUAGAUUUAUACAACUCCGUAAAAAGCGUGAGCAAUAUACUUCUCACCCCGAAACUGCUCAGGGGAGAAUUUACGGAACCCUCUCCCAGUUCCCACUUUAAAAAGAAUUUAUCGUUGAAGGUGCAACAGCAGUGUUUGUUGUUGCAAGACACCCCGGUUCACAAAAAGUGAGAGACUUUUAUUAGAAUUUUUGACUGUAUUUAAUUUAUUUUGAUUUUUAUACAUGUUUAGUUUAUAAUUGCUUUCUUUAAUAUACUGAUUAUUUUAUUAA